CUUGUCAAAUCGUCAGCGUUUCUGCGUAGCUUGUGGAUUUUCGAACCUGCUUAUUUAAAUAACUUUAUCCGAGCAAUAAAGCCAAAAUUUGAAAUAAACUUAACAAUGAUGUGAUUAAAUUAAAAGAUUUUAUAAUGUAAAAUGAAGAACUUAGUAUGAAUCAUUUUAAUAUUAAUUCUGCUGUUAAUUGUAUCAAAACAUUAGUUGACAAUUGUCGAUGUGUCAAUUGCGACCAACUAAAUAAUAAGCGCUUGAGAUAUAUUUGUGGCCAUUCAAUAUGUGAAAAAUGUGUAGCAAUUAAUACUUCAUGCAUGUUGUGCUCUCCUUCUUCAAAUACUUCGACAUUUUUAGACAUACCACAAACAGAAAGAGUUAAGCAUGCCUCGGAAUUGUUAAACACAUUUCAAGACCUUUUAAAUGUGGAUGUUUACAGACAACUCCGAAUUUCAGAACAGCUGAAGGUUGAAAGGGAAUUGUUUCCAGAAUGCAUUCAAGCUCCUAUGAAAUAUUGCAAUAAGAGAAAAAGUUCAAUUUUUACACAAAAAGAGAAUUUAAGACCUGCUGUCCUACCUGGUGAAAUCAUUUCAAGUUCUGAAAAAGCAAAAAUGGAGAAAUCCGUAAAUUAUGUACAGGAAUGGCUAAAUCAAAAUGAAACAAGCUUAAAAACAAGAAAGGUUUCUCGAAAACCUUUUGCAGAUUUAAAUAUUAAUACUAGAAGUAAUAUAAAUAUCACAAAAUCAAAAAAGAGAACUUUAAAUAACAGUAUAUUAAGUGAAACCUUUAACAAGGGGCCUAAAAAAAUUAAAAAAGAGAAGAGCAUAGAACUGACAUCAAAUAAUAAAAAAACACUUUGUGAAAAUUACGAAAGUGGAAUUGGAUUAGAAGAUGAUACUUUUAUAAUUGAUGAUUCUCAGAGUGACAUACUUGAUAAGGAUAAAUUAGCCUUGAUGGCUGUAAUGGAAGCAGACCAAAAUGAAAGUAGUUUUAUUGAUGCUGACAUAGAUUUAAAUAAAAUAGAAACUAAGGAGCUACCCAAGUGCUGUUUUCAGUCUACCUCAUCAUACAAAGUACCAUUUUAUAAAAAAGCUUUACUCACAGAAAAUUGCUUCUUAUGUGUCAAAGACUUAGAAAAAAAAGAAGCUAACAAAAAAGUUAAUAACACCAAAAAUCUAAUUGUAACAAUAGACAGUAAGAGUUUUAUGACAACUAUAAAAAUAUCAGAUUUAAAAUCUUGUAACAAUGGUUAUUUAACAAAGGCAUCAGUAGCAGUUCAGACCGAUGAUAGCUAUGAAAUAUUUGAUGCGAAUGAAGAAAGUACAGUGACAAAUGAUGUAUCAAGUGAGGCUAUAAAUAAUAUUAAUAUUAAAGAUAUCUUUAAGAAAGAUGUAAUAAGACAAAAUAAUGAUGGUGGAAAUAAAUCCAAAUGUUUGAUUAUUGAAGAUUCUGACGAUGAUAGUUUGGAAAGUGAGAUUGAAAGGAAAGAAGUUGAAGUUGAGGCGGAAGUACACAGAUCCGGUGAUCUAAUAGACUAUGUUUUAACUCCACUAGAAUACCCAGAUUAUAAUAAAAGAGCAAGAUCAACAGUGAGAGGAAAGACACCAGUUAGUUCUGACUCAUCUGAUAAAGAAAAUUUUGAUCCUAAUAAAAAGAAACGGUUUAAAUAUAAUAAAAUAUUUAAAAGCAAGAAAUUGAAGAAAUGAUAUUUUUAUAACAAAAUGAAAUUGAUCCUUUCUAAUAAUCUGUUAAGUUAUAUAUCCAUUUGUAUUUUUAUUCUUUUAAGAAAAUACACAUUUAUAAAA